AUGGGCCCUCUCCUGCAUGACCUGCACACCUGCCUCUCACGCUGCAUCCACUCUCACUGCUACUCCUCCUCUUCCUCCUCCUCCUCCUCCUCCUCCUCCUCCUCCUCCUCCUCCUCCUCCUCCUCCUCCUCCUCCUCCUCCUCCUCCUCCUCCUCCUCCUCCUCCUCCUCCUCCUCCUCCUCCCUCCCACCACCCACCAUCACCACAUCUUCUCCCACCCCUCGCCUCUUCCUCUACUCAGCACACGACGUUACGCUCUUGCCUCUUGCCGCGUCGCUCGGCAUUCCCUAUGCCGCGUGGCCGGCCUACACAUCAUCCAUCGCCGUUGAGCUUUGGAGCCAGGACUCUGCCUCAACAACACACAUCACACCCACUCCCACUUCCACAUGCGCACCCACGUCUCCAAUCCACCACACUUCCCACACACACACUCCUCCCCAAGUACACACUCCGCCCAACCUGGCCUCCCCGGAAUCCACCUCCCCCACUGCUCCCUCUCCUUUUCCUCCUCCUCUUCCUCCUCCUUCUCCUCCCCAUCCGCCUCGCGUUUUUGUGCGUGUGCGCCGGGACUUGGAGCCCGUGGCACUGCCAGUGAAGGUCCCAGCGCGGGAUGAGGCGACCUCAUGCGUGAUCUCUUCUGCGUCGACUCAAAAAUCAGCAGCCGGCAGGCAGGGAAUUGAACGGCGAGACGGGGAGGCAGACGAGGAGGAGGAGGGUGGUGGUGGAAGGGAGGGGUUGCUGUGCAGUUGGGAUGAUUUCGAGCGCAUGCUGCUGCGCCCCGGACGAGGACACAGGCUCAAUGGAGCUGACGAGGCCGUUGCUGCGCAGGUUGAGGCACACCUCCUCCGCCUCGUGCUGCACCACCUCCCUGUCACUCCCUGUACUGGCCCCUUUCCGCCCCACUCACCAUCCACUCUUUUUGGACAACAGCCCCCCUUCUUCCCGUCUCUCUCCCCUUCCACUCCCAACCUCCCCUCCUCCUCCUCUCCCCCACUCCCCCCCCCCCCCACACCCCAUCCGUCGCCCCGUCUCUCCUAUGCAUCCAAAUCUCUAAGCCCCAGACGAGGAGGCGGGUUCGAUGGAGCUGACGAGGCCGUUGCUGCGCAGGUUGAGGCACACCUCCUCCGCCUCGUGCUGCACCACCUCCCUGUCACUCCCUGUACUGGCCCCUUUCCGCCCCACUCACCAUCCACUCUUUUUGGACAACAGCCCCCCUUCUUCCCGUCUCUCUCCCCUUCCACUCCCAACCUCCCCUCCUCCUCCUCUCCCCCACUCCCCCCCCCCCCACACCCCAUCCGUCGCCCCGUCUCUCCUAUGCAUCCAAAUCUCUAA